UGCACGGGGUCCACGUGGAGCACGUGCCGCCUGAGGCCCCGGGGCAGCAGGACUCCUGGGAGUGGGGGGGCUGCAGCCCCGACGUGGACUACGGGGAGAAGUUUGCCAAGGAUUUCCUAGACUCCCGGGAAACUUACAAGGACAUCCACUCCCGCACGAGGCUUCACAACAACCGCGUGGGCCGGCAGGUGGUGCUGGAGAACAUGCGGCAGAAGUGCAAGUGCCACGGCACGUCCGGCAGCUGCCAGCUGAAGACGUGCUGGCAGGUGACGCCUGAGUUCCGCCCGGGGGGGGAUUCGUGGGCACCAGGGAAUUCAGAGCUGCCUCGUGGGAGGCGCUUAGUGCCUGGGCAGUGA